UAUACAUUACAUGUGCAGAUUAUUCGAAUAUAUACAUAUAUUAAGAAAAAGUAUAUAGAUUACAUACGCAAAGAUGGCUUUUCAUUCGUUGGCUACCAUGUCCAAGCCCAUUCCGCAUAUCUCGUUUGCUGACUGGAAGUACCGAUUCGGCUGUCUUAGCAAAGUGGCUAAUGCACGACUAGCUGAUACCGAUGCUAUACGCGGCGUAUCUCGCACGUUGCAGAAUGAGACGCUCAUCGAGCAGAAUUGGGCGACCCAUGACUCGAACAUUGCAAUGACUGAACGAAUUGGUGAACUCGAUAACUGGCUUGAAAUCAUUAGGAAGGCGGCCGACCGCCUCGAUGCCGAAAUCCAUUCAUUACAGGUGGAAAAGGAUUUGACCGAACGUGAAUUGGAUUCGUUUGCUGGUCCUAUCGGUGUCAUUAACGACGUGUUCAUCAGUCGAGAUGGCCGCUUGCGUUCCGAGAUGACGUACGAUGAGGCAGAUAGUGAGAUUAAAACCGAGCUGAUGAUAUUGGAAAAUAAUCAGCAAUUGUUGGCAAAGUGUUGUAAGAAGGCAUGGGAAAAGCUGAGUGUUCUUUCGGAAGUGCGCAUCAAGAUAAAAAUGGAGCUUGAAGACAAGCUGGAGGCACUCCGAGUAGAUAGGACACAACGCGAGCUAGAUUCGAAGUCAAUUGUGAUAUCCCACAAACCGGAGGCAACGCGCACUCCAAAAAAUUUUUACUCAUACGAGAACUGGUUGGAUCAUACCAAAAGCAUUAAGCGAAUGGCCGAGAACGAAAUGACCGAUGCAGCUGCAAUGCGGGAAUCGCUAUACGUCUGUCGCCAGAGGGCAAUUACACUACUGCAAGCCCAACAGGAGCGCACAGAGCACAUCAUACGGAGGCGGAUAUUUGCGACUCAGCAGGCGCGUAACGAGCUGUAUUUUCAGCAGACAAAGUUGAAGGAUGCCAUGCAGAGAGCUUUACAUGAUAUUGAGGGGCUAGAAAAUUCGUUGAUGGCAAAGAAAAAUAGCUUAAAGUUGGCCGAGACGCGCCUGGAGAAUCGUACACAACGGCCGAAUGCAGAACUGUGCCUGGAUACGGCCUAUGACGUGCUUUGUGUAGAGGUAGAAAAACAAUUCGAAAUUCAUCGCUGUCUUCAAGAAAAAUUGGAUGAGUGUAGGUCAAACUUUAAUCUGCUAGCGCAGCAUACCCAAAAAAUUACUCUAGAUAUGGAAAAGAAAGAUAACGCGCUAAUGAUCGACAAACGGUUGCUUGACAUAAGACAGGAGUAUAAGGAAAAACAGAAGGGGCUGGCCGUGAUUAAUCCGAAUGCUCAGACCGAUUUUAACAUUCAAUGUACAAAUACGCAAGACCUUAUUCCCAAGACCUAAAUGUGUUCAUUGACAAUACUCCGACUAUGUCAGGUAUAAUCCGAAAUGUAUUUCUCGCCUAUUUAACACGACUAGGAUCAUUACAAUUGGAAAAUCGACACCGGGAUGUCUGUGGAAUGCUCCUUUAAAGCUAAUGUACUUUAUAUAAUUUUUGACUAAUUACCACUCAAUAAAUACUACCACAAA